ACCUCUCUAAAUGUCCGAAAUGUCGCACUGCUCCAAAUCCGUUCACAUCCUAUCAAUCGAACCAGCGGGUUUCACAAUAGAAUAAAAAUAUAUGAAAUUCAAAAGAUAGCAAUGGAUGGCUACACGGUAUAUUUAUUUAAAGUGCGAGUUUGCAGCUAAAUGAUCCCCAAUAAGUUCUAUUGAGCGUACUUUUGGGCCAGUUUGCCGUGUUUAUCCUCACCAAAAGGUUAAGUCGCGAAAAUGUUUCAUGUUCGGCAAACUUCCAGAUACGUGCGGCAUCCUAGGCGCACGAUUGAAAGUGGUGGUUCUAUUCGUUCGCCCCUGUCGGGCACCAAAUAUGAUAUGCCCCCAGAUACUCGGUUCGCACAGGGGAUUGUUAUGAUGUCACAGGGCUUAUCUCAAAUCGGGCAGGCUCUUAGUCGUUACGGAAUACCGCUAUCACCUACUGGCACACGGAAGCGCAUUGCGGCGAAGUCAAAGAACGACAGUGACUUUGGUGUGGAGAAUCUUUGUGUGGUUUUCGAAGGGUUACGUCAGUUUGUCAUGAAGGCCAUGGAGUAUAAUUUACGACAGAUUAUUGGCACGGCUCCUCUUCAUGAGCCUAUCCGACCGACGGAGAACCUUAUCAAAGUGCCACAACCUAAAGGGGAGAGAAUUUUUGAAACAAUUACGACAAUGGAUCCUAUGCUGGGCACGUCAUCAAAAGCCAAAAAGGUGCCUGCAUCUCGUAUUGGUCGAGCUUUAACUUAUGGAGGGCUUUUGGCCGGUCUUGGAGUAGGGGCAGCGACUGAAGCCGUUCGCAGGCUUGCUUCAAAUGAGGAACGGCCGCUUUUGUUGAGCGAAGCGAAUGCUAAUCGUAUUGUCGAAACACUGUGUCAGGUGCGUGGUGCUGCCCUAAAAAUUGGUCAAAUUCUUAGUUUGCAAAACCUUAAAGUUGUUCCUCCUGAAAUUCAGCAACUGUUUGUCCGAGUAAGAGAUUCGGCACACUAUAUGCCGAGCUGGCAGCUUAAUCAAGUAAUGUCGCGUGAGUGGGGUAACAAGUGGAGAAGUCGAAUGGACUCAUUUGAAGAUAUGCCUUUUGCAGCUGCUAGCAUUGGCCAGGUACAUCGUGGAGUUUUUAGAGGAAGGGAGGUAGCAAUCAAGGUUCAGUAUCCGGGCGUUGCCAAGGGUAUCAACGCCGACAUAGACAAUCUGAUGAUGUUGCUAAAGGUGUGGGAUAUGUUACCCAGAGGAAUGUUUAUUAACAAUCUCGUUGAGGUUGCGCGACGAGAGCUUGUCUGGGAGGUUGACUACAAUCGAGAGGCAGCAAGUGGUAACAAAUUUCAAGAACUUCUUAGGCAUGAUGAGGUUUUCCAGGUUCCAAAAGUCAUUGACGAACUUACAACGAACAGCGUACUUGUCACCGAACUCGUCAAAGGAGCCCUGCCGGUCGACCGCCUCGCAAAUGCUAGUCAACCACUUCGAAACUAUAUCUCUGAAAACCUAUUGCGACUGACGCUAAAUGAAAUCUUUAUCUAUCGUUACAUGCAGACAGACCCCAAUUGGUCAAAUUUCCUUUAUCAACCAAGUACUCAACGCGUAGUCCUUCUUGACUUCGGCGCCACCCGUUCGUACAAAAAGAGCUUCAUCGAUACUUAUCUUAAGGUGAUCGAAGCAGCAGCAGAACGCGACGAAGUAAAAAUACUUAAUCUAUCUGAACAGAUUGGUUUCCUAACUGGAGAGGAAAGCGAAAUAAUGCGUCGUGCACAUUGUGAUGCUGUCCUAAUUCUGGGAGAGGCAUUUACGGUCGAUGAAUUUGACUUUGGUGAGGGGCGUACGGAGGAAAAAGUAGGCCAGCUUAUUCCUAUAAUGCUUAAGCAUCGUCUCACACCACCACCCGAAGAAAUCUACUCGCUUCAUCGGAAAUUAUCAGGAAUUUUUCUUUUAUGCUCAAAGCUUCGUGCUAAAAUAGACUGUCGCAGUAUGUUCAUGGAUAUCCGCGAGCAAUACCACAAAGAACAGCAGAACGUCCUACUAAAAUAAAGUCCUUAGUAAUUAGGCAAUUCUAGUAGCUCUUCUAUUACUGUAAUAAAGAAUAAUUAUUUAUGUUCAGAGCUUUUUGGAAGGCUUUUCUUUGAUGCAUAAUAACAAAGAUGGUUAUGGUAUGUAAUAUGAAAGAGAGGUAUAAUUGUAAAUGACUUAUUUCCUGUUGCUUUGAUGU